GGAAGAGACAGCUGCACUCCGGUCAUCAUAUAUAUGAGUAUAUGAACAGAUAGAUACAAUAUACUGUACUGUCGGAGUCUCCGAGAGCACCGAACCCCGCUGGCAUUGAGUCCUAUAGCCCACUCCUACUCAUACAAUGGCCAUCGCACCCCUCGCGGUCCCCGUGCGGAGACUACUUUUUCCCCUUCGCUCUUCAGCCCGAUCGUUCUCGACAACCCUAUCCCGAGAUGCCACCUGGGGCUUCAUCGGGCUAGGCCAGAUGGGUUACCCCAUGGCCAAAAAUCUACGGGCAAAAAUCCCGGAGUCGGACACCCUCCUCAUAUGCGACUCCAACCCCGAUGCGACAAAGAGAUUCACAGCCGAGCAGUCCGGCAAACGGAUAGAGGUCGCCUCAAGUCCCCGAGAACUUGCAGGGAGAUCCGAAACCAUCAUAACCAGCCUUCCCGAACCGCAACACGUCAAGGGGGUUUUCCACACCAUCCUCAAGGACGGUCUGCCCAAGUUGGCGACAGAACGCCUCUUCAUCGAUUGCUCCACCAUCGAUCCCAUCUCCUCGCGAGAGGUCGCGGCUGCCGUUCAUUCGACAGGCUCCGGCCGGUUUGUCGACGCUCCCAUGUCUGGCGGUGUGGUUGGCGCUACCGCCGGGACGCUCACCUUCAUGGUCGGCGCUUCGUCGCAGAUUCCCGGGCUGGUGCAGGAGGCGGAGAAGGUAUUGCUCCUCAUGGGAAAGAAGGUAUGGCAUCUCGGGGAGCAAGGCGCCGGUCUCUCUGGGAAACUAGCGAAUAACUACCUCCUCGCCAUCACCAACAUCGCUACGGCAGAGGCCAUGAACCUUGGAGUCAGGUGGGGUCUGGAUCCCAAGGUCCUGGGCCAGAUGAUCAACUCCUCUACCGGUAGGAGCUGGUCCAGCGAGGUGAACAAUCCCGCUCCCGGUGUCGUAGAGACUGCACCCGCCUCGCGCGGUUAUUCGGGCGGGUUCGGUGUUAGUUUGAUGAAGAAGGAUCUCAGACUCGCUGUCGAGGCCGCGAAUGAGGCCGGAACCCGUCUGGAGCUGGCCAGCAAGGCCCAGGAGGUCUAUGAUUCCACGGAAGCCGCCCACAAAGGCAAGGACUUUUCCGUCGUGUAUCAGUACUUGAAAGAUCACUCGCGUUGAGAUAUCCAUCUGGUGGUGGUACCAAUAGACCAAUGUUAUAAAAUGUAUACGGAGUAUCGGAGCAGCCAUUCAGUUGGGCUUGAUGACAUUAGAGAAUGAAUUAUUUUCUCUAUACAGAGAAAAGACGAUGGUAUGUGCAGCAUAACAUACCGACCUGACAAUAGAAGCACUUUCAAUCAGAGCGGUUAUAUUAUGAUUUUAUAGCAUCAUUAUGAUUAGCUAGAACUGUACUAUAUUUAUCCCCACGGUAAGUGGGCAUGAGGCA